AUGCAUAUGGUUCUUGCUCUCAGUGCCUUGUCACUCACUGCAAUAACAGGAAAACCUCAUUACUACCCUAUAGCCCUGCGACACAAGCAACGUACCAUGCAACUCAUCCGGGAACAAAUUGCACUGAAUGACAUUGCAGCCGCUAGUAAUGCGAAUGUAAUUGUCAUCUUGAUGCUUUGUAUGUUUGAGAUCUCGGAUAACUGCCAGGUAUCAUGGUCAAUACAUCUUAGUGCUGCACUUGAUCUUAUGCGCUUGGCAUCCAGGGGCUCGUCACCGACGUCAGUUUUGACAAAACUCAGUCCUCAGGUCAUCGAAUUCGUUUCCAGGUUCUUCCUCGUCAAGGAUGCUUUGGGCCGCACAGCUUGCGGCAAAGUUGCGAAAAUCAAGCACGAAAUGGUACCGGUAGAUUCGAGUGAGCAUAUCGAUCCUUCAAUUGGGUGCUCAUAUGAAUUGGUCGGUGUAAUCUCAAGAAUCACCGAUUUAUCAAGAGACAUGCGAAAUCCACAAAUCGAAAGUGAUGCAUGGUACGCAGAAACGUUAGAGUUGGAAAAACAUAUAGAUACGGUCACCCAACGCCUUCCAUCCAUCUAUUUCCAGCUGCCAUCUGUCUCCCACCCAUCGCCAGAAACCUCAGAACCAUACUCGAAAUACCUCGACGAAACGACAAUCCUCCACAAUACAUCCUUGCUAAUUCAGACCUCUGCCACGUUGUACUUCCAAGCAACACUCCGCUCUCUAAACCCACAUUCUGCACGGGCACGAGGCCUUAUUGAACAGAUAAUCAAGUAUACUCGGCAACUCUCGCCCAAUCAUCUUCGAUCCGCCCACCUGUGGCCAUUGUUUGUAGGCGCCGUGUAUUCAACAGGCAAUGAUGAGGAGCGCGUCUGGUUCUUGGAUCAGUUUGACAUUCUUGCGAAAGAGCGACGUGCUCUGGUAGCCAGAGGCGUUCUGAGACGCGUCAAGGAUAUUGUGGAAAGUGUUUGGAAGAGAAGAGAUCUUGAUGAUCAUUGUGAUACUGAUAGUGCUGGUGCUGGUGCUGGUGCCGGUCGAAGUUCGGAUCAGGAACGAGGGAUCAGUCCGGUAGAGAUAGGGGAUUGGGAGAAAUACGUGCAGCCGUUGAGCGAGGGCUUGUGUCUGGGAUGA